CCGUCACAAAAGGAAGUGGCGGCCGUAGCGGCCGUUACUGUGGGGGUGGGGCGGGCCCUGGCCCUGGCCCUGGCCUUGGCCUUGGCCUUGUCCUACCCGGCCCGGCCCGGCCCGGCCCGGCCCGCGGGCUAGUGAGGCGUAGUGGGAGCGGAGCGAGCCGCGCCAUGGCGCAGCAACAGAUGAGCAGUUCGCAGAAGGCGCUGAUGCUGGAGCUUAAGUCACUGCAAGAGGAGCCGGUUGAGGGCUUCCGCAUUACCUUGGUGGACGAGUCCGACCUCUACAACUGGGAGGUGGCGAUCUUCGGGCCCCCCAACACUCUCUACGAGGGCGGGUACUUUAAGGCUCACAUUAAAUUUCCUAUUGACUAUCCGUAUUCACCACCUACCUUCAGAUUCCUGACCAAAAUGUGGCACCCCAACAUUUAUGAGAAUGGAGAUGUAUGUAUUUCAAUUCUUCACCCACCUGUAGAUGACCCACAAAGUGGAGAACUGCCAUCUGAGAGGUGGAACCCUACCCAAAACGUCAGGACUAUCUUACUGAGUGUAAUCUCUUUGCUUAAUGAGCCCAACACAUUCUCUCCUGCCAAUGUGGAUGCAUCAGUCAUGUUCAGGAAAUGGAGGGACAGUAAAGGAAAAGACAAGGAGUAUGCUGAAAUCAUAAGGAAACAGGUUUUGGCUACCAAAGCUGAGGCAGAGAAGGAUGGUGUGAAGGUUCCUACUACACUGGCAGAGUACUGCAUCAAAACUAAAGUGCCUUCCAAUGACAACAGUUCAGAUUUACUUUAUGACGACUUGUAUGAUGAUGACAUUGAUGACGAAGAUGAAGAGGAGGAGGAUGCUGACUGUUACGAUGACGAUGAUUCUGGCAAUGAGGAGUCCUGACCUGUUCCCUCUAUGCCCGUGUACUGCCCUGCCGACUCAGGCCAGAAGGGAGCAGCUGUAACCUAGCAGCAGUCCAGAAAAAAAAUGGGGGGGGGAACAAAAAAACUUUUUCUCCUGUUUGCUCCUUUUUAAUGGACCUCUUAGAGACCCUCCAUGGAAUGUCUGAAUUCUUGCAUUCUUAACCCUUUCAUCACUGUAUUAUGAUUUAUUUUUAAAAAAGAAACUCCUCUUUUCACUUCUCUACAAAAUGUUCACAGCAAAACAGGUUUUCUCAUGUUUAGAUUCUUGAAUUAAAUACAAUCUUGCAUUGAGAUGUUUAAUGUAUUUAAAGCUGGAACAAAACCAUUGGAAGCUGGGUUUUUGGGAGCUCAAGUGCUGUGUUUUACAAUGAGGGUGGUAAAACACCAGCACAGGUUGCCCAGAGAGGUGGGAGAAGCCCCAUCCCUGGAAACAUUCCAGGCCAGGUUGAACUGGGCUCUGAGCAACCUGAUCUAGUUGCAGAUGUCCCUGCUCACUGCAGGGGGGUGGGACUAGAUGACCUUUAAAGGUUCAUUCCAACCCAAACUAUUCUGUGAUUAUAAAAAAAUAGCCAACAUUUAGCUGCUCCAUUGACAAUAAUAGUGUGUGUACAUUCUUUUAGCCUUGUGAUGGUGGCUUUUCCUUUAUAAGGUGUGGGGCGGAGGGUGUAAAGCUACUGUGUGUUGAGCUUGAUGGGAUGUUACUGAAAGGUACAGUAUUCCUUUUCAGCCUGCUCAAGUUAGGAAAUGGCUGGCCCCUGGAGCCUCCAGAGGUUACAGUCAGUUUUGUCUCUGAAAGAUUUGCUAUAUGAACCCUAAAAUAAACACUUAACACUUCAUGUCUGUA